AUGGAUCUGCUCCGACAACGCAACGCGAAAAAGUGCUUAGACGCCUGUGGCACUCCAAAACCUACUCCAAAACCAAACAUUCACGGCAGAAAGGUGAUGGUUUGUGUCUGGUGGAACAGCAAAGGUUUGGUGUACUUUGAAGUUCUGGAUUCGGGACAGGGAGUUACGGCGAACACCUACAAAGGUCAGUUGAACCGCGUGGAUUAA